AUGACUCCAUCGCCUUUGAAGAUAAAAAAUGAAUGGCAUUUUAUCAAGAAAUCGCCUGUAUCAAGAUUGACUUCCUCCAUAGCCAACGGCGUGGCUGCCACCACGUCCAAACCUCAACCGCAACACCCAGCUAUCAUUUACACUGAUUCUCCCAAGAUAAUCCACACGAACCCUCGUGAUUUCAUGACAUUGGUGCAAAAACUCACUGGACGCUCAUGCUCGAAGGAUGACGACGAGUCUUCUAAACAAAAAUCCAAGACCGGAAGUGAUGAAAAUAUUGAGAACCCUGAUAAAGAUAUCAUGAAUAAUGAGAAUGACAGCAGCAAUACUAUGGGGAAUGGCCAGGUAUAUUCUAAUUGUUAUGAUCCUUCUAAUCUUUGCUUCAAAAGUUUACCCAAUUUCAAUCAGAAUUCUACGGAUUUCUUGUCCUCAAGUGCACCGCUUUUUAACUACGUGGAUUCAUUUCUGAUGAUACCAUCUGUCUUAUCUUCCCCAUUGGAUGGGACUAAGGGAAUUUGA